UCAAAGCACAGCUGAUUUCCAGGUGAUCGAAUUAAUGACAACUCAAGAAAAGUUGCAAAAAUCAUUAGACGUGCUAAUGGCAUUAACAACCAUUCAACCUCCUGAACAAGCAAAGAAAAAAGAGAAAAUUCACCAUUGCUAUGUUAUAUCAGAGGCAUGCUCGAACCCCACAAUAAAAGUGUCGAAAAGCUUCCCUAUGUUGCUUGGAGUAUCCAUUGAAAUUUUUUUAAAGUUGUGCGAUGAUACUGACGCCGACGUGAGAAUGACUAGUGAUGAAUGUUUAAAUAGGAUUAUGCAAGCAGCCAUUGACGGACAUUUAGGAACUAUUCAAGCAGCUUUACACAAGGAGAUUAAGAAAAAUGGAUCCUCUAAAUCUCUUAGAGCUGCAUUGAUGAGGUUUUCUGAAUUAUCACACCACAUUAGACCGCAUAUAGGCAAAGUUUAUGUGGCAAAACUGUUCCCUAGCCUUAUUAGAAUUACUGAGAGAGCCGAAGAAGCAGUCCAUGAAACUUUGGCCACAAACUUUCCAAAACUUUUAAAAUCACUUGGAGUUUUUUCACCUGAUAACGAAAUCAAGGCUUUACUUGAAUCCUUUUUGCAAAAUAUAGUAAAACCAUCUGCAACCAUUAGAAGAACAUCAUCAAAUUGCAUCUUGUCAAUAUGUGUUAAUUCCAGGCGACCCCAUUACUUUUUUACGUACUGCCUUAACUAUCUGCUGGAUAUUUUAACACCACUAGACAUUAACCAAUCCGCCUGGGCGAUAUUAGGGGUUCUUUACUGUUUAAAAGUUUUAUUAGCGGAGCUUAAGAACGUCGAUGGAAAUGGGUCUUCAACAGAAUUUCAAUCAAUUGAUCAUAUACCAGUAAAUAAACUUUUGGGGAUUUAUGAACUGUGCAUUUAUUACCUAAGUAACAAAGACCAUAAUAUAGUGAAUGCGUCUUUGGAUACGCUCACUGUUUUACUUCGAAAUGCACCAGAUGACCUGCAAGCCAAAUUAGGAAAUUCGAAUGGAUUCAGUAGUAGCAGGAUACAUAAAAGUAUGUCUAUUACGAGCACUCGAUCUUCCAGUCAGCUGAGUGGGGCUUAUAAUAACGCGUCACUUGAGGAAUACUUAUUUUCAGAAUGCAAGCUAACGGAAACAAUCGAUUCUGACAUUGAACACUGUUCAGUGGAAUCUAGACUGUCAGUUCUCGAUUUGGAUGACAUCAUUCUUCGUGACUCAGUGGAAUGUGUGACCGACCAGAGCACAGUUACUGAGGUUAAUUUCUUAAAACAUUCCACAUCAUUCCAAAGAAACAAUAAAAGUUCAAACGGAAGUGAUCAGUUAGAUGAGCUAAAAGAACAAGUAUCAGAAUACAGUAGUGAAAGUACACAUAUAUUUCCUAUAGAAAAAGAUGAAUUAUGCGAAGUUGACAUUGGCAGCUAUCUCGAUAAGUCGAUACCUCUCUUAUAUUGUACAAGGCUGAUAGUCAAAUUAUAUCUACUCACCGGAGUUCCAGGGAAAUGCAUAGGUGAUAAGACUAGUAGAGUUUCAGUGAAAUCUUCUGCCUUAAAAUGUUUAUCCGCUAUAUUCCGAUUGUAUCCAAAUGCAUUUUUUGAAUAUCUGGACAAAAACUACGAGGAAGGAAAUGCUGAAAGUAGCGGUCAGAGAAUUGAAGACAUUAAGUUGUUUUCUACACAUCCAGAUCCCCAAAUAAGAGGUCUGAUUAGAAUGUUGAUCUCAGAUAUUAUGUUUACAAUACUCAGUAAAUCGAAAUUGGAUUAUGGAUUAUGGUUACAGAAUCUACCUAAACGCCGAUUGGAUGCACUUCUGCCAAGUAGUGAUACAAUGUUGAAACUGAAUAAUUUCAUUGAGAUCUGGUUACAAGGGCUGCAAGACCAAAACUCAACAUGCCUAAGACAAACGUUACUGUGCCUGAAACCUGUAUUGAAGUUAUUAGCUGAAUCUUCUAGUUGCAAGGACAUUCUACCCAUUUUAAAUGAGUUGCCCCUAUUAGCAAAUCAUCCAUACUGGCUCGUCAAGGUAGCUCUUUGUGAAUUAGUUUCAACGCUAUCUUAUUUAACAAUUUAUCAUAUAACUGGUAACUGUAUCUUUCAACAGAAAGUUUUACACAACAUACUAUUCUAUUUGUUAAAAGAUUCAGAUCAGAGGAUACGAAAUGCCGCAUCGAAGGCUAUACAAGAGAUAAUUAAACAUUUAUAUUCCGAAGAAUAUCAUUCAAAAGAGGACCCAAUAACAACAAAAGGAAUAUAUUCUGUCAGUGAACACAUUUCAUGUUUACGUGAUAAACCACUCCAUCAAAAUUUAUAUUAUACUCAUUUUGUCGAAGACAUGCCGUUUCCAUAUUCCCAAAUAUCUGCGAUUGCCUGUGGACGCGUUGAUUACUGUCUGUCAAAAAUAGUCAUGAAAUUAUACGUCAAUAUGUUGGAAACCGACUCUAAGUCUUGUAUAUAUGGUUGCAUUCAGGCUCUUUCGGACUUGGCCUGCACGUAUCCCUGCACUGUUUAUCGAAUGGGCUGGGAUAUUACCAACAGAGUUAGAGAGACGGAUGGAAAUAUAAAAGAUUUGCUAAGCUUAUGUGUCAGCUUACUAAAUUCAUCCGUUCAUAUUUACGACAUUACCUUCUUGGUCAACCUGAUCAAUUUGACGUUAAAUUUAUACGCAGGUUAUGCGAUAGUUUGCCUCAAGCCCAUUGAUUUAACGGAAAAGCCACUAGGAGCUUGGCCAAUGUUCUUGAAUGAAACGUUCAAAACGAUUUCCGAUCAAUAUUUAUUACAUAUUAUGAGACUAUUGAACAUCUUUCAUCAUGUAAUUAACGAAUUGGUACCAGUUAGUGCUCAAAAUAAAACUGUUUUACCUCACUUGCCAUCUACUGGAACCUUGUCGCCCAUAAAGAGGCGGAAAAGCGAAGAUAAAAAAAUGCCAGUAGGAUAUACUAGGAGUCCACCUGAAAAAGAUGACAAAAUUGAUAGAAAAGAAGUUAAAAACAUUGGUUUUGGAUAUUUUGCCUGUUCUCAGCAUUAUAUGAAAAUAUUCGAAUUAUUGAAAAACGCAUAUCUUAAUUACAAGAUGUGUAUAGAUCCUGCAACUUCAGACAGCUUUGUAGAGUUAAUGCGGAAGACUAUUCAUACAUUAUGCGUAAUUUUGGAAGUGGGCUCUCUGAACGAAUUUGGAAAAUUGUCUGAAGAAAUUCUUACUUAUUUAAAAACUACAUUUUAUCUGGAUAAAACUCUUACUGUUCAGUGCGUGCAACAACUAGUAAAAUGUCUAUUUGGAAUCAACUUGACUGCGAAUUUAGGAGACAUACUAGAUGUAACUACAAAGGAAAAUAAGGAAAACGAUUAUUCAUUUUAUUACAACAUGAUUCAGAAACCCGCCCAGAAAGUGUCCUCAUGUAUUCAAUCUCUUAUUACCAUAAGCAAAGUGGAAUGCGACGGUGACAAUACUCUUAUGGGGUAUUUACACAGAAAAGACGUUAAGAAGCCUGUCGCUAUUGCAAGAGCGUCGGAUAAGAUAUUAGCAAGCUAUAUUCCAAUAUUUGAGCCGAUUGUAAUUAACUCUUUAAAGCAUUACACCGUUACCAGUGACGUUAUUUUCCAAACUUGCGUAUUGAAAUUAUUAACGCAACUAGUACAAGCUCGAGUAAAUUAUUGCCUGCUUGAUUCGGAGCAAGUUUUCAAGGAUUCUGUUUUAAAGCAGUUCGAGUACAUAGAGGAAGGUCUAAUACCGUAUCCUGAAAAAAUUAUACCAAAUAUUUUCAAGUUCUUAGUCCACCUAUCUUAUGCGAAGCAGCAUAAUAAAAGCAUAGUAGAUGUCCCGAAAAUAAUACAACUUUGUGAUGGUCUAAUGGCUAGUGGACAGGAUCCUGAAACCCAUUGCAUACCUUCACUUAAGCCGAUCGUUGAGGACGUUUUCUUGUUUAGGAGUCGUUCAAAUACCAAAGAUAUGAAAGAAUUAGAAACAACUCGCGAAGUUAUACUUUCAAUGCUCUUACGGCUUUUGGAAUACCGGGAAGUUAUAGAUUUAGUCACUAUUAUAUUAGAGGAAAGUAAAUAUUGUACGGAUGAUACAGAAAAGUGGUUAAGAUUGUCUGAACAAGUAGGAAAUGUGCUUUUACAUGCCCUCCAACAAGAUAAGAUUAGAAUAAGCGAAGAAGAAACCGUUAUUUCGUUGCGAAAGCUGAUCGCUGCCCUGAAUCCGAACGUGUUUAAGGAUAUGGAUGACGUGAUUAUGAUGUUGUUUCAAGAUCCCCGUUCGCUGGGCAAUGGACAUCUUUUCAGUCGAUGGAUUUCCAAAGUUAUUAUUCUAUUUUUUUUAAUGUCUUCUUUAAAAGAAGAUAAAUUGCUUUCUAAAAUUGAUUCCAUCAAAGACAAAUUUUGCCCUGGCAGUAUUUUCGACAAUUUUACAGCAACUUCGGAUCCUUUAAACGUAUACUGCAACACAUCUCCUUUUCAAGACAUGCCAGCAGAAAAUAUAGUGGCAACGUUGAUUUUUAGAAUAAUUUAUCUUACUAUUAGAGUUAUUGCUAACUCCGACUUGAAGAGUAAUCCGUUUCUCAUAAGCCAAUUUAGUACGUUUUUAAUGUAUUGUUCACAUAUUUUUCAAUCAGGUAUUUUAUGUAAGAUAUCACAAGCAGCAGCAGCAAUUUUGCAUCUAUCCCCUUCUGAAGUCAAUUCUGAUGAACUGAAUGAACUUUUUGGAAGUGUUAAAAGGGUCCACCCGGUCCUUACCUUUCAGUGGUGCCACCUUUUAAGUCUUUUAAACUAUCAGUCACUGGAGUUCUGGAAAACAAUAUUAAACAGUAAAGACGAUUCAAUAAACAUUUGCUUAGUGAAGAAUGGAGGAGUUAUUGUUUACUGUGAUUUACUGAAUGAGAACGUUUCCGAAAAUGCAACAUUAUGGAUUAUACAUGCACACUGUGAAAUUCUAGUGAGCCUGGUAGAUGAAAGUCCAGUAUCUGCCUUUAUUUCAUUUGUGCAUCGAGAUUCGACUUUAAGUGGUUUUUUUGUGGAAAAUAUUAGUCAACAAUGUAUGGACAAUGAAAAUCCACUAUUUAAAACGAAAGUAUUGAAGUGUUUAGAAAGCUGCCAUACUUCGCAGACUAGUAUUGUACUGAAGUUGCUGAUUUCGAAAAUGCUUUCCAACCGACAGAUCCUGAUUUCUCGGAUCGUUGCUCAACUGGCUUGUCGAAAAAUUGAAUACAUUUUUUCUAAUCCUAGUGAAGAAAUUCUUGCUGGUCUUUCAAGGAACGAUUUGUUGAAUUACUUGAUGUUGGCCAAAAAGCAUGAAACAUUAAUCGGCCUGCUUAACAAGUUACUUAUUCGAUAUUACGAUAUGAGCCCUGAUGCGCUUUGUGAAAGUUCAGUAAGCUCGAUCGUUGAUAUAAGAAAAAUCGAUAUAAAUCAAAACUGGUUACUAUCUAACAUAGGAAUUAAAUCUCAAGACGAUAUUUUAAGGAAGGAAACUGCUCUAGUACUAGAUAGUCUAGAAUAUGAAGAAAUCAGCGAGUUUAUGUCUAGCAACAGCUUUAACAAAAUUAUAUUUAGAGAUUGCAUAGAAACCGCCCUCCGAAUUCUUGAAGAUGGAGGUUGCGAAGAAGAACCGGCGCUUUUAAAAGCUGCAGUCGAUAACAUAUUGAAAGGAAUUAGUACAAUUUUAAAGGGCAUUUGUGACAAUCACAAGGAUGGUUCCCUUUCAGUUGAAAGCACCAGUUAUGUACCAAGAAUGAUAAACGCGUUUAAAGAAGAAUCUUUCUCGACUCUUCACGACUUGAGCAUUUCCGUGUCAUCAUUGAUUAGGCAUUUGCCGCAGCUACCUACCCUCCAACUAUCCGAAAUUGACUGUGAAAAUAUUUCGAAAUUUGCUGUCGUUUGUUUAGAAUGCAUUAGCUUCCUUUUUGCCACUGGGGGUAAAAAUUUGAAAUUGAAUUAUUUAGAAGUAUUCAUGGAAUCGUCAAAUGAAAUUUUGAAAAACUCCCAAUUUUCGAGUCAUUUAGGAGUUGACGAAAAUCUGCCAUGGCUUUGUUCUGCGAUUAAUGCUCUUUACUCGAUUAUGGAAUACGUUCUAAAAGACGACGAACCUUUACCUUCAAUCGAGAGAAAUUUGCUUCAGUGUUCAUCAGACGACAAUGAUAUUAAGCAAGCACAAACAGCAUGCUAUUAUAUGUAUAUUUUAACCUGUUGGUUGUAUAAGAAUGCAAGCAGAUUUUUUAAAAUUCCAAGAUUUGUUUUGUAUAGGAUAAGGAGUUUAAUCAUAUCUUUAGCGCGUCUUCCAUUAGUUAAUUCCUAUAAUUUUGUGCCCUAUAGAGUUUGGAAGUUAGGGUGGGAACCUAAGCUCACAGGUAAAUUUCUUACCCAAAUCCCUCCUUUACCUAUUGACAUGUUGCAAGAAAUCGAUGUGCUGGAGGAGUAUGUUUUCAGGACGAGCAUCCUAGGUUGGACCACAAGGCAACAAUUUGAGGAAACUUGGAUGUGCAUGUUAAGUGUGUUAUGCACACCUUUGGACAACGUGGAUCUAACAGACAUCAACAUCGCCAGGCGAGCUUCUACUUUGGCAAUGAAAGCCAUUACUGAUCAGCUGUUGCAAACUCUCAGAUAUCCCGUUUUGGGAAACAAGAACGUGUCAAAACUAAUCCAUGUGUCAAGGAAUAGGCAGUUUCCAGAUACUACUAUCAGCAUGAAAAAAUUGAGAGUGAUUCAGUAUCACAUUGAAAGAAAAUAUAAGGAAGUUUGUAACACUUACACAAAAGGACAUAUAAGAAAUGUAUUUUCAAUCAAAAACUUUGAGAAAUCGGGUGACCAUUAUUCCUACGGGCAGCUAUCAAUUCGAUACUUUUUGAUUUCGGCUAAUGUGAUAGAGGAAAAUGGACUUGAGACUGACAAAAUGUAUAGAAAACGAUUGGAAUUGCUAGAUGAUUCUGGAUUGGAUCUAAACUCGUGCUUACAAUUUUUGCUGGAAUACUAUUCACAGCUGAUGAAACCGGAGUCUACAAUAACGGAUAUUAGAAUCCUACAUGAAACUGUAAGAUCAACUGUAUUUAUAUCUGAUCUAUUUACUGACAAAGCUCAAUUCGCUUGGAUGUUGAAAGUUUUCUUGGAGUUAAUGAAUAUUCACGGUGUUGAAGAUGAGUUGAUACAUCAGUAUUUAAUAGUUGGUAUCUGUAAAGCCGUGGGGGUUUUAAAUCCAGACAUUGACAUUUACGAACAAACUAAGAAAAUGUUGGUUCAGUUUUUGAAGAGCCCAUUUUUGCCUACGAGAAUAUCGUGUCUGUAUGGAUUACUUUACAUUUUGGAGGGGUGUGUGCUUUCAAACAUUGCCAUUGGCCGGGUAUCCGAAGAAUUGCAAAUACUACUUCCAUGUGCUUGGGAGUACAUUCAAAUGAACAUUAAUUCCGAUCAUCCGAUACUGCAGCAAUCGCAAGAACAUACAUUGCUUAUUUGGUCUCUUGCUUUUUAUCUUAUGGAAAACGUUGAUGAAGCACAUUUGGAAUCCAAUUUUGUCACCAGUACAUUGCAAGCUGCCUUGGCAAGAGUACGAAAGAAACAAGUGAAUUAUGUCGAUAAAUGUAUCAUUAAAGAAUUGGAAAUGAUGUUAAUUAUUAAACCAAUGUACAUGUUGGAAACUGUAGGAAAAGAUUUACAGAAACUUGCUUUAGAAAAACUCAAGGAUGAAGAUACUUCAAUAUCAGUUUUGGGUAUACAGUUACUAGUAACCUACAUGUAUGUAGAUUGUUGGGAGCAUUUGGACCGAACUGACGUCGAAUGUGAGCAAACAAGUCCAGAUCAUUUAGUACAAACUAUUGAAAAAAUAUCAGCUAUUUUCGAAUGUAUUAAGAAAAGUCACGUCAGCGAAGUAGAAGUGCUGAGUUCAAUAUUACCACUGAUUUUGAGGGAUUUCUUCUCUCCUUCGGAUAUCCUGACCAAAGUGAUAGGGGAAUUUUUGUCACCACAGCAACCCCAUCCUAAAUUAAUGAGCGGGGUUGUUUUCAAGGUUUUUGAUAGCGCUAUACAAUUAAAUCAGUUGCCACUAUUACAAGACUGGGUGGUGUUCAGUCUGUCAAACUUUACGAAAUCGUUCUCUAACAUGGCAACGUGGUGUUUAACGUGUUUCUUUAUUAGUGCCAGCCCGAAUAAAUGGCUAAAAGCUUAUUUUCCAUAUGUCCAAAAUCGAGUUGGUCGAUACGAUUAUGAAGACAAGAAGAUAUUUUGUAUUGCUGGUGCUGAUUUUUAUAAACAUUUAACAAACUGCCACCAAAGAAAAUCAUUUGUUGAUAGUUUUAUGAGGGUUAAAGACGAGAAAGAUAUGCCGUUCAACGAUCUGUUAAACUCUAUAUGAACUUGUUGAAUCCAAUAUUUUAAUAUUAAGAUAUAAUUGUAGGUGUAAUGUAAUAUGUUGUAAAUUAAUGUUGAAAUAAACAUACUUGAUUUUAGAUUAUUAAGGUUGAAA